AUGAAGCAGAUUGCCGAGGCGUACAUUGGCUUGACGGUGAACGGCGCAGUCAUUACCGUUCCGGCCUAUUUCAAUAUCUUGCAACGUCAGGCAACUAUAGAUGCUGCAGAGAUUGCGGGAAUUAAUGUUUUGGGCAUCAUUAACGAGCCGACAGCUGCUGCUAUCGCAUACGGUCUUGCCAACUGUUCUGGCAUCACGGGGACGAGGAAUGUGCUUAUUUUUGACCUAGGAGGUGGUACUUUUGAUGUCUCGGUUCUUGCCAUUAAAAGGGGUAACAUUGAUGUGAAGGCGACUGGUGGCGAUACUCACCUUGGUGGGGAGGAUUUCGACAAUCGAAUGGUCAACCAUUUCAUUGAGGAAUUCAAGAGGAAGCACAAAAAAGAUAUCAGUUCAAACCCUAAAGCGGUUAGAAGACUGAGAACAGCUUGCGAGAAGGCGAAGAGGAUCCUUUCCUCUUCUGGUCACACCAGAAUUGAGAUUGAUUACCUGUUCCAAGGCAUUGACUUUUCAGCAAGUAUUUCUAGGCCCAAAUUCGAGGAACUGAACUCGAAUUUAUUCAUCAAGUGCAUGGACAUAGUCGAGAAAUGCUUGGCAGAUGCUCAGAUAAAUAAGAAUGCCUUGGAUGAUGUUGUCUUGGUAGGCGGUUCCAGCAGGAUUCCAAAGGUUCAGGAAAUGCUACAAGACUUGCUAAAUGGAAAGCAGCUUUGCAGAAGCAUCAACCCCGAUGAAGCUGUUGCUUACGGCGCAGCUGUUCAAGCCGCAACCUUGAGCGGUGAUUUCCAUGAGAAGGUUAAGGUCUUCAAGCUUGCGGAAGUUACUCCGAUAUCUUUAGGCUUUGAAGUUGUAGGAGAAGUAAUGCAGGUUGUGGUUCCGAGGAAUACCACCAUUCCUACAAGAAAAGUAUCUAAUACCAGUACUGCAUUUGAUAACCAAUCAUCUAUACGUAUUAAAGUGUACGAGGGGGAGAGAGCCAAAUCAACCGAGAACAAUCUGUUGGGUGAAUUUGUUCUAGACGGGAUCCCUUCGGCCCAAAGGGGAGUUCCUCAACUUGAGACCUGUUUUGAUUUGCAAGCCAAUGGCUGUUUGAGCGUCUCACUAUGCAAUAAAGUUACAGGCGCGUGGAAAGGCAUCAGCAUCAUAAAUGGAAGCCUAACAAAAGAUGAAGUUGAUAUGAUGAUUGAAGAAGCAAGGAAGUACAAGGCUGAGGACGAAAAGCACAUGAAGAAGUACCAAGCGCGAAUGGACUUUGAGAACUACAUUUGUCAGAUGAGGAGUAGAAUCAAUUCUUUUUCAUUUGCGGACAAAGCAAAGGCUGAGGAUGCGGUUAACAAGGCAUUUCAAUGGUUGGAUGCUAAGCAGAAUGAGCUUGCUGAAGUCCAUGAAUAUGAUGAGAAGAUCAAGGAACUGCAGUAUACGAACAAAUUGGUUUUCGCAUUUCCUAUAUGUGAAGACAUUUACGUAAUUGAAAUUUUCAUUCGGGUGGAAGAGGCAGAGCAGGAAAGAGGCAUUCUUCAGAUUGAAGGUUGGAUGGUUGGACUGAACGAGAGCAGGACAGAGGCAACCCAUUUAGAUGAGUACGGCAGAAGGGGGCAAGCGCCCAUAAGAGACGACGAGUCAAUGUCAUGGAUUUACCGAGGUGCCCAUUUGCGUCCAACAUUGUACGUAGAGGUUGCAGAUGGACCUGUUCAAGAUGUUGGGGAAGGAACUAGUGGUGGUCAGUAUGAUGGUGCAGGGAGUAGUGGUGUUGGUGGUACCAAUGAAGAUGGCGAUGACACAGAAGAUGACGUACAUGGGAGCAGUGACGAGGAGUAUGUGCCGUUCGAUGAGUCUGAUGAUGAUUACAGUGACCAUGACGCAUCUUCAGUAGUACCUUCUAUUUUUGACGACAUCAAUGACAUGGACAAGUCUGAACUAGAUGAGGAUUCUGAUGGGAUCACAAUGUGGGACGGUAAUUGGCAGACGAUUAGACAUGGUGUACAUUUUGCUAACAAGAAAGAGGCACAAACAGCUGUGGGGGAAUGGUCAUUGCAACAGGGUCGGGCAUGUCGGGUAAAAUAUAGCCGUUCCUAUACGUGGGCCACUGAAUGCGAGACUAAAGGGCCGAAGUACCCAGAAGAACUUCUCCACAGCACUACUUCCUUGUGGAAAUGUCGAGCUACCCUGCAAAAAGACACAAAUACUUGGAGAAUGGUGGUAUGGAUCGAGAGCCACAACUGUCUUGGUGCAACCACAAGAAACGAAGCUUGA